UCACACAGUUCCUCUGCAACCCUCUGCAUGCUUGUCUACAAGGGCGUCCCCCACAUUCAAGUUCAUACUGCUCAGAAACAGUGAUCUUGGAGUGUUCUUUUUAUCUUGAUCUCCCUCUUACAAAAGAAAUCCAGAUGACACAGAAUCCACUGAAGACAAUACCUGGAAAAUGGCAGUCUUGGAAAUAACUUUGGCUGUCAUCCUGACUCUACUGGGACUUGCCAUUCUGGCUAUUUUAUUAACAAGAUGGACACGGCACAAGCAAAAUGAAAUUGAUGUAUCAAGAUACAGUUCAGAACAAAGUGCUGGUCUUCUGGACUAUGAGGAUGGUAGAGAUGUUCCCUCUCAGAGAUCUAAAAGAGGAAGAGGAUUCCGGCAUUUGUAUUCAACAGAAAUCGACACUUCAUAUGAUGAACAAGAGGGAUCCAAAGGAGAUUACACACCAUCAGUCAACUCCCUAGCACUGUCUCGAUCAAGUAUUGGUGAUGCAAAAGCCCUCAAAGCAACUCCAGAACCUUUAUCUGGCACUGCAGGACCCAUAACUGGAACCAUUGGACCCAUAAUGCAAUUCACAGCACCAAUUCCAGGAGCUACGGGACCUAUCAAGCUCUCUCAAAAAACCAUUGUGCAAACUCCAGGACCUAUUGUGCAAUAUACUGGGCCCAGUGGUGAAACUUCAGAAAUGACUACUACAGGAUCCUCUUUGGGAUCAACUCCUCACACAAACACUGGAUCAGUCCCACCUGCCCUCACUGGUCCACCAUCUUCAAUGCCCAGAGCAAGACCUGAGAAAUCUAAGACAAGACAAGAAGAACCAACACAUGUAGCAGUAUCUAUCAUUACUCCAGUACCUCUUGUGGACAGCUCUGGAAAAAUCACACUAUCUCCUAUGGUUAUAUUUCCAGGUUACAUGGAUGCAGAACUUGCAAAAAAAUCAGAUUUCAAGGCCAAGAUUCUAAAAAAUGGAGCCACUAUAAAGUCUGAGAGCAGCCAAGAAGAAAACAAGAAAACAUUAAAGAAAGAAAUCACAGAUUCUGAUGAAUCCUUGACAUCAAGGCACAAACCAGAGUCAAAAAGCAAAGCAAAAGGCACUGAGUUGGAGAAAAGCAAGAUAGAAAUGGAGGUCAGGGAAACGGAGAGUGACACCAGGAUACUAAAAGAGGAAGACCAAGUAAAGGUGAGUGACAUGGGAAUACCACAAGAACAGGUGGCCCAUGUAGAGAUGAAUGAUACUGGAAUACCACAAGAACAGGAGGACCAAGUAAAGAAGAGUGAGUCUGGAAUACCACAGGGACAGGGAUCCCAAGUAAAGAAGAGUGAGUCUGGAAUAAGACAAGGACAGGGAUCCCAAGUAAAGAAGAGUGAGUCUGGAAUAAGACAAGGACAGGGAUCUCAAGUAAAGAAGAGUGAGUCUGCAAUAAGACAAGGACAGGGAUCUCAAGUAAAGAGUGACACCAGAAUACCAGAAGGCCAGGAGUCCCAGGUAGAGAAUAGUGAAGCUGGAAUACCCCAAGGACAGAAGUCCCCAGUAGACAAUAGUGAGUCUGAAUUACCACAAGUUCAAGGGACUCGAGUAAAGAGAGAGAAUUCUGAGGAUCAAGGAAAGCAGGGAGAUGCAAGGAAGAAGACAGAUACAGAAGAAAAUGAUGCUAUGAAGAAAAGUGAUGAAGGAAAGCGCGAAGUUAAAGGAAAGAAAAAAUCAGAACUUAAGAGUAAAAAAAAAGUUCAGUAAGGAUCAAAGACAAGUAAGGGAAGAAAGUACAACAAAAAGAUGGAAAGAGUAAGGGCAAAUAAAAUGAAAGUUCAUAAGUCAACUGAUUAUUAUGAUUCCCAUCCUCCAGAUACAAGUCACAACCCAGUUAUUGCUUAAAUGGAUCAUAAUUAUAGAAUCCCUUUAAUUUAUACAUCUACAGAAUGUCUACUAUAAACGUUUCACCAUUUUUAGUCCU